AGGGGACGCGUGCGGGGAAGGGGGAAUAUGGCGGCGCAGUGGUGCUUCGCGUUGCUCUUGGCGCUGUCGGCCGCGGCGGAGGCCGGAGCCAAGCGGAUGUGGGAGCCGGUGAUUCGGAUGCCGGGGGAGGUGGUGGUGGAGGAGGAGGUGGUGGGCGGCAUCGGGACGAGGUGGGCGGUGCUCGUCGCGGGCUCCUCCGGCUACGGGAACUACAGGCACCAGGCUGAUGUAUGCCACGCAUACCAGAUAUUGCGGAAGGGAGGGCUAAAGGAGGAGAACAUUGUCGUGUUUAUGUAUGAUGACAUUGCUAAUAAUGCACUUAACCCUAGACCAGGGGUUAUUGUCAAUCAUCCGCAGGGUGAAGAUGUUUAUGCAGGAGUUCCAAAGGAUUACACUGGAGAUGAAGUCAAUACUAAAAACUUCUAUGCAGUUCUCCUGGGCAAUAAAACCGCAGUUACUGGGGGAAGUAGGAAGGUCAUAGAUAGCAAACCAAACGAUCACAUAUUUAUCUUCUACUCAGAUCAUGGGGGCCCUGGAGUUCUUGGUAUGCCCAAUCUGCCAUAUCUUUAUGCUGCUGACUUCAUGAAGGUGUUACAAGAAAAACAUGUCUCCAAUACUUAUGCAAAAAUGGUUAUAUAUGUAGAAGCAUGUGAAAGUGGCAGUAUUUUCGAAGGUUUAAUGCCAGAGGACCUUAAUGUUUAUGUCACGACAGCGUCUAAUGCAGAAGAAAGUAGUUGGGGUACUUACUGCCCAGGAAUGGAACCAUCGCCUCCUGCUGAAUACAUUACCUGCUUAGGUGAUCUCUAUAGUGUUUCUUGGAUGGAAGACAGCGAGACUCACAAUUUGAAGGAGGAAUCAAUUAAGGAGCAGUAUGAAGUGGUUAAGAAGCGUACCUCUGAUAUGAACAGCUACGGUGCUGGUUCUCAUGUUAUGGAGUAUGGAGAUAAGACAUUCAAGGGUGAGAAGCUCUACUUAUACCAAGGUUUUGAUCCUGCAAAUGCCGAAGUUAAGAACAAGCUACUAUUGGACGAUCCAAAGGCUGCAGUCAACCAAAGAGAUGCAGAUCUCCUUUUCCUUUGGAGAAGGUAUGAACUGUUACAUGAAAAAUCUGAAGAGAAGCUGAAAGUUCUGAGGGAGAUCAGUGAGGCUGUAACGCAUAGGAAGCAUCUUGACAGCAGUGUUGAUUUUGUGGGAAAACUUCUAUUUGGAUUUGGGAAUGGGCCUACUGUGCUUCAACAUGUUAGGCCUUCUGGUCAACCACUCGUCGAUGAUUGGGAUUGUUUGAAGAGAAUGGUGCGAAUCUUCGAGUCUCAUUGCGGGUCGCUCACUCAGUACGGUAUGAAGCACAUGAGGGCGUUUGCUAAUAUUUGCAACAACGGUAUCCCUGACGCUGCAAUGAAGGACGCAAGUAUCGUUGCUUGCAGCAGUGACAACUCGGCAAGAUGGAGCUCACUGGUCCAGGGGUACAGCGCUUGAUCUGCCGCAACACGUAAUCUAGCCUCGAACAUGCCUACUGCACUUCCCCAGAAAAACCUUCAGGGCUGCAAAUAACUGGACAAGAAUGUACCACUGUAUUCUACCGUACCUCUACGUGGGCAAUAUGCCAUGUAUGUGUAUAUAUAUGAAACUAUGACAUCAUGAGUUUACAUGCCUGGAUGCUGGACAGUGGAUAAUCUGAUCGUAUCUUCGAUGGUCGAGAUCGAAACACCUAAC